AUGCGCAAGUGGAGAGUAAACAGCUACAUGUUAAGUAUUUGUAUCUUAAUCUCAGAGUAUGUACGACAACAACAACAGGACGCAAGACAGAGCAAUACCGGUGAUUUACUAGUUGUUGACUCGUCACUACCUCUGUUAUCUGUCAUGAAGAGACGGUCGCUUAAUGCCCUUGCCCGUUUUAUAACACUGGAAAUUCAACACCCACUGUUUAUGACGAAUCAGAGGUUUACAACCCUCUAUAAUUUAUUGCAACGGUUGGAAAUAAAUUUAAACAAUACAACUGAUUUUAACCACUUAUCAUACGAGCUGGUGCGUAUUUUGACCAAGAUUCAAAGUCCUGAUGCCGUGUGGAAUACGAUAGAGCAAAUAACGGAGUGUGUGGCACCAGUGCAAAGUUCACGAGAAGAUGAGGAAGUAGAUGUGGAUUCAGCUAGCUCUACACUUGUUCGCACGAGUUUAUUGGGUGUUUUUGUCCGCAGCUUCUUGCUCGCAGUUAAUCGCUUGCUCUUUGAUGGUCUUUCGAGACUUUUUGAUGACGUGGAGCAGUAUGUAAAGCAAUUUCGAGACGACAUGCAGAGGGAAACGAAACAGAAACAAGAAGAGGAGGAGAAGGAUAGCAACUUGGAGCUUUUAGGGUCACCUGCAUCGCAGCAUUUGUGGAAUGAUAGCAAAAUGGAAAUUGACAAGCUAUUGUUAUCCCCGAUAAAAUCACAAAGUGUGGUACCAACAUACAAUCUACGGCUGAGCAGUUUGAUGACACCUGCAAGCUCAAAACUUGACAUUCAGCCAUACGUAAACAAAUUGCAGGCCGUAGAAGCUGUUCAAGAAGUGAAUGACCCGGCGGUGUGGUCGAAUGACCAGCUGAAUUACAUUUUGAAUGACAUGGUUCGAGAGAUGGAUGGGGUAGGUAGUAAUUAUCGACGAGAGAAUCCGUGGACACAAGAACAAUUAUGCCUGCUCUGCAAGACAAUGGAUCGGUCAAACCCUAACGUACUUUUUGUGAGGUACUUACAUUUUCUUAGCGAUCGUGACUAUCAGGGUGCGCUUGACAGUUUGCACCAGUACCACGACGUGCUUGCUCCACGACAAGGCGCUAGCUUGAGUGGUAACGUUGGGAGUGAUGGCAAUAGCUCAGCGUCAAGAUCAGUGGGAGGCGUUGGAUUACAUUUUCGAGGAAGUGGCAUUCAAUAUGCUGCGUUGAAUCUGGCAGGCUUGCAGAUUGUAUUUGAUCACUACCAUGCUGCUCAAGAAAGUAUUCAAGAAGCAAUUCGUGUUGCUCAGCACCACGGAGAUCACAUUUGCGUGGCGUUUGCACUUGCGUGGAUGAUUCGCAUCAAUCAGAAGAUCGGAUCAUCAAAAGACGAUGUUCUACAAUUAGUUGGCAGUUGUUUGGAUCGUGCCAAGGAGUUGCGUCUUCCAGCUUUGCAGGUACUGGCAACUUUGACAGAGGUGGAAAGCGACUUAAAGCGCUACAGCCCAACUAGGUCUGAUGCGGUUGGAUCAGCGUCGCAAUCAGUUUCCCAUGUAUUCGCUUCCCAUGCGCCGUCACCUCGACCGCUACACAUUUGGUCGCGCUUGUACAAAGCAAUGCAAUCGAUCGCUUCGAUAUCGACACCGCGUGCUAGCUCCUCUAACACCGGUACGCGGGCAAUGACCGCACUACAAGCCCAAGCGGGAGCGGGGCGAGAUUCUUCAGAUCGGUCUAGCGGAAGUGGUAUGAAUUGGGUUAAGUCAGUUGAAGCAAUUCUAGACACCGUUUGGAAACUGAGUGGGAAAGUUACGCUUACUACAGCAGCCGGGUGGAGUCUGUACGGGCAGCGUUCUUUAGAGCAAGCGUUUAACCACAUGCAUUUAUUGUGUUACGAAGAUUCGGCUAGCACAGGAGAAAUUGCACAAACGGUAAGCCAAAUGGCGAUAUCCAGUCUUGCACAAACUGACAAGCAAGGAGUUGUGUAUGCGCGGGCACUCAACUUUCUCGUCAGCCUUUUCGAAGGUGAAAGUAACAUUGAGCGACGGCACUUGCUCAACGAUAUGACAUUUCAGAGAACACUGCAUUAUCUUUUCUUUUCAUGGGCACUUGAAAGAGGUGAAUUCACGCGCGCAGAAGUUCACUUGAAUGCGAUUCUCGUCUUGUCUCCUCAAGAAAAAGAUUUUCCGUCUUACCUCGAGGCACUUUUGCUAAAGGCACAUCUGUGGACUUUAGUCGGUGACUGCGCUCAAAGCCUCAAGCUGCUUGAGAGUCUAGAAAAUACGUGUCGUGAGCUUGGUUUUGCGCAUUUGCACGCCCAGGUGCUGAUUGCUAUCAGCCGAACUCGUUUCCAGGCUUCUGCGCCGCAUGCACCCUUCACUAUACUGAAUGUACUGCUCGAGAGCGUGGAUGUAUGCCAGAGGCAUCACUAUGAUCUUCUGUUGGCGGAAGCACACGUUGUUAUGGCUGAAAUGUACAUCGCAAUGGGGAAGGUACGAGACGCAUACUCGCUGAUACAUGACCAGAUGCCGUUGGUGAUGGAGCAUGGCAGUGUGAAUCUUCGUGGCGAGUGCUUACUUGUGUUAGCUAAGACAAUGGUUGCAAACAUCAAGCAACUCAACAAUGGUACAGAUGGGUCUAGUCCUGCUGGAAUGAAGGCCAUUCACACGCUAAGCGCAAGUGCAAAAAUGUUUGCGCUGGUGCAAAACUUGCGGCGACUAAAGGAGGUUUGCUAUGUGCAAUCGUUAGUCUACAAUCAUAUGGCACAUCAAGCAGAACAACAUAAAAACAUCGAAUCGAAUGCAUUCUACGCACGACGAGAGGAAGCAGCAACGAUGUUUCUCAAACAUAGCUCACAACUUCAACGAGCUGCCUUCUUUACCGUCGAGCCGUUUUUCGACCUGAAAAUUCCUGAAACUAUGCGCCGAAUUAUCGCCCAUCGUUUAAGCGAGCUCUAG